GGACAGAGAGAGAAAAAAGAGAGCGAGAGAGUGGAACUGAAGGAGAGAAAACAGAGAGGAGUUACUGGACUUUUGUGUGUGUAUAUUUGUCUGUGUGCACAUGUGUCUGUACGUGUGUGUGUGAGGGAGAAAGAGAGAGAGAGACAUAACAGGGAAGGAGUGUGAGUGUGUGGGAGAGAGUGAAAUAGAAAGACAGGGAGGGAGUGUGUCUGUGUGUGUGUGUGUGUGUGUGAGAGAGAGAGAGAGAGAGAGAGAGAGAGGGAGUAGGGAGAGGGAGAGUCAGAGCAGGAGGCACAGGCUGUUGUGUGUCAAAAGUAGGCCUCAUGUGACCGUUUAGGAGAGCGCCAGUCUACUUUUAUCUGCGUGACACACCCCGGCUAGCACACUCACAGUAGCCCGCCAGAGGCACACCAGAGAGGGGGAACAGAGAGAGAGAGAAAGAGAGAGAGAAAAACAGAAGCAGAAGCAGAGAAGAGAAAGACAGAGGGAGAGAUGACCCAAGAACAGUGCCCUCAUAGGAACAAUGUGCAGAGCUCCGAGAAACCCCUGGUGUAUAAAGUGGGCAUCUACGGCUGGAGGAAGCGCUGCCUUUACUUCUUUGUACUGCUGCUGAUGAUCCUCAUCCUGGUCAACCUCGCCCUCACCAUCUGGAUCCUCAAGGUCAUGAACUUCACCAUCGACGGCAUGGGUCAUCUCAGAAUAACGGAGAGGGGUUUGAAACUGGAGGGGACAUCAGAGUUCCUCCAGCCGCUCUAUGCCAAAGAAAUCCAGUCCAGGCCGGGCAAUCCACUGUUCCUGCAGUCCUCUAAAAACAUAUCGAUCAACAUCCUCAACAAUGAGAACAACCUGGUCACACAGCUUACUGCAGGAUCUCACGGGGUGCUGGCGCGGGGGAAGAUGUUGGAGGUGAAGUCGAGCUCAGGAAAGCUGCUGUUCUCCGCAGACGACCAGGAAGUGGUGGUGGGAGCUGAGAGAUUACGGGUCAUGGGUGCUGAGGGGGCCGUGUUCACCAGCUCAGUGGAGACCCCACACGUUAGAGCAGAACCCUUCAAGGAGCUACGAUCAUCCUGGACUCGGAGAAGAUUAAGCUGUUGCGGUUGCCGGAGGGCGUGGCUUCUCCGUCGCCCAGCAGACAGACUGUGUUUGAGGUGUGUGUGUGCGCCAACGGCAUCCUCUUCCUGUCGCAGGCCGGCACCGGCUCCACCUGCCAGAUGAGCAACCACGUCUGCAUCUAGGACUGCUCCCCACGCGCACACACACACACACACACACACACACACACACACACACACACACACACACACACACACACACACACACACACACACACACACAUAGAGACACACACACACACACACACACACACACACACACACACACACAGAUAGAAAAACAGACACACACACACACAGACUCUCUGCAGUGCACAUACACACACACACAUGGGCGUAUGCUCGCAUGCACGUGCACACACACGCACAAAAUAACACACACGCAUACACAUGCACAUAACAUACACACAAGAGACACAAUUGUCUGCACACACAUACACACUCUAGCACGCACACACACACACACACAUGCACACCAACACGCCUCAAAGAGGAACUCUCCAAGGUCCUCCUGAGACAUUUAGCAGAGAGGAAAGUUUCUAGUCACCGUACUGAAGUCUGGGGUGAUCAUCAGGACACCUCACACACACACCCACACCACACACACACACACACACACACACACACACAUGCACACACACACAUCACACACACCUCGUCCUUCUGUUCCUGCCUUCAGCACAGAUUACAUUUAUUCACGCCACACCUUGGUGCAGUCACAGCCCACAGCUAAUUCAUUUCCCUCGACGGAGGAGCGGAGGGACAGUCAGACUCACGGACGCACGGACGCACGGACGCACGGACGAGCCACUCGGCGUCUCGCUCAGCCCCGGCGCUGCGAGGCAUCGGCACCUCCGCUCACCGCCACAUCCUGUUUGUGUUCCUCUCUGUCGCCCCCUCGCUCCCUCGCUCUCUCGCUCUCUCUCUCUCUCUCUCUCUCUCUCUCUCUCUCUCUCUCUCUCUCUCUCUCGCUCGUCCCAUCCUGUGCGUGUUCUGCGUCUGUCGUCGGGACAACACCUGCUCCGCUCACACACCGCCCCGCUGGGGAACAGCACUUUUUUAAAGAGGAAAAAAAGAGUAAACAAGGAAACAAAUAAAUAAACUAACAGACAAACAAACAAACAAAUGACUCCAGCACACAGAGGAGGCUCACCCAGAAGGGAACGGAGGAGAGAGAGAGAGAGAGAGAGAGAGAGAGAGAGACAGAGAGAGAGAGAGAUGGGAGAUGUGAUCACCACCCCCCUGGAACCCUACGUUAAGUCAAGUCGCUCUCUCUCUCUCCGGAACUAAACAGACUCCCAUCACCACACACACACACACACACACACACACAUGCCCCCUGCCCCCCCCCUCAGCUCCCCACCCCUGUUAAAGGACAAGCUCUGUGCCUUAUCUUGGUGCUCUUGAGGCAAAGGAGAAGCACACCCCACGGACUCUCUUCAGUUGUGUUGGACAAAAGACAGAAAGAAAAGAAAAGAAAAGAAAAGAGUGUGUUUAUUUGGUUUAUUUAUUCCUGCUUGGGGACUUAAGUAUGUUUCUGUUUUGAGGGAUCUGUGUGUGUGAAUGUGUGUGUGUGUGUGUGUGUGUGUGUGUGUGUGUGUGUGUGUGUGUAGCUGUCUGCAGUGCUGUUUCAGUGAGUUGUCUAGUCUCCUGUAUCACCUCAGCUGGCUGGCAUCUCCUCUCAGUAGUGCGAAGACUAGAGUAUCUUCUCCAUGGUAACGCUACUCCUUCUCCAUGGUAACGCUAGACUAGACUCAAUCAGAAACAGAGUAUCUUCUCCAUGGUAACGCUAGACUAGACUCUAUCAGAAACAGUCUCUUCUCCAUGGUAACGCUAGACUAGACUCAAUCAGAAACAGAGUAUCUUCUCCAUGGUAACGCUAGACUAGACUCUAUCAGAAACAGUCUCUUCUCCAUGGUAACGCUAGACUAGACUCAAUCAGAAACAGAGUCUCUUCUCCAUGGUAACGCUAGACUGGACUCUAUCAGAAACAGUCUCUUCUCCAUGGUAACGCUAGACUAGACUCAAUCAGAAACAGUCUCUUCUCCAUGGUAACGCUAGACUGGACUCUAUCAGAAAUAGUCUCUUCUCAUUGGUGAAUAAUUGGACUCCUUCAGCGACUAGACUCUAUCAGAAACAGCAUUGCCAGCUCCACAGCACCACAGGGGAGUUGUGCCCACUGAAACUGCAUGGGCGCAUGUAGCAAACCCAGACGUAGCAAACCAAACUUUUGUUAAGCUCUGAAGUAACACCCCUCCCCCCCACCCCCACCCCAAAAAAAGUAUUUGAAUAUGACACAUAACAUAAUUAUCAUCAUACCCCCCCCCCC